UGGCAUUGAGGGAAACCCCCUCUGCUCAGAAAUGGGGAACAAGCAGACCAUCUUCACCCCACAGCAGCUAGAUGCAUACCAGGACUGCACGUUCUUUACCAGGAAGGAAAUUUUGAGGCUGUACCAACGUUACCGUGACCUGGCCCCACAGCUAGUGCCGCUCGACUACACCAGCCAACCAGAUGUGAAGCUGCCUUAUUUGCUGAUCGGCAGCAUGCCAGAGCUGAAGGAUAAUCCUUUCCGGCAAAGAAUAGCUGAGGUGUUCUCCGAAGAUGGCGAGGGAAACAUGAGUCUAGACGACUUCUUAGACAUGUUUUCAGUUCUGAGUGAAAUGGCACCCAGAGAGCUGAAAGCCUACUAUGCCUUUAAGAUCUAUGAUUUCAACAAUGAUGACUUCAUCUGUAAAUCGGACCUGGAGAAGACGCUGAAUAAGCUGACCCGCAACGAGCUGACAGAGGAUGAGGUGAGGAUGGUCUGUGAAAAGGUCAUGGAUGAGGCUGACCUGGACAAUGAUGGGCGUCUGUCGCUAGAGGACUUUCAACAAAUGAUUGUCCGCGCUCCAGAAUUCCUUAGCACUUUCCAUAUAAGGAUAUAAAAGCCACUAACAAUCCAUCUGGAUAGAACAGCAGACAGGAAAUACAGAACGACUCCACAACGGCUUUACAGCGCAUGACGGAGACUGGACGCCCAGAGCAACAAGCCUGACACUCCUGAGUGACACUCAACAUGAAGCUCUUUGACUUUACUUCAUCUUAGGCAGGUCUCAGUGGACAUGGAGACUGCGUAAGACUCAGCUGACCUGUGUGGUAAAUAAGAGCCCUGCAGGGUGACCGGGCCUGGUUAAAGGCAAUCCUGCAACACUAGUAGCUUGUGGUGAGCGUGGGACGGAGGUCUCUGUUACACCAUGUUGUGAAGGGACACAUGGGGCCAGAGAGACAGAGCUGGGUGCUGGAGUGUAUUAAAAGGUCACCAUGUCACCUGCCUAGAUCAUUGCAUUUAACACACCCACCCAACUAUUGUGGAUACUUCUGUAAAAUCAAGACAUUUAUGAGACA